GAAGUUGUUUAGGCUCGAAGGCAAGGGAAGGCCGGGCCAUGGAGGGCGGGGUGCGGAAAGGGCUGUCCCUGAAGGGCGCCAGCGAGGUGGUGCUGGGCCUGAUGCGCUCCUGGGCGGCGGUGGGCGCCUCCUCGCCGCUCGGCUUCUCGCAUCUGCUGGGCCGCGUCGGGGAGCGCCUCUCGCGGGAGAUGGAGGGACCCGGCCACGAAGGCCAGCGGGCCGAGGAGGAGGAGGAGGAGGAGGCCGAGGAAGAAGAGGCCGAGGAGGAGGAGUCCACCGAGUCCGAGCCGGAGCCCGAGCCUGAACCCCUCCUGGAGGAGGAAUUUGAUGGGGUGCUGGUUGAAGAGAUGGUUGCUCAAGCCCUGCACAAACUGGGGCGUUCGGCCCCUGGCACACAGCAUGUCUACCUCAGUCUUUCGCUUUCGGAUCAACGUUUAAGUGACAUUAGCAUUCUCUGCAGAUAUGUUCAUCUUGAGAAGCUCGAUCUUUCCUACAAUAAAAUUAAUGAGCUUUCGUGUGUCAGUCAUAUGCCUUAUUUGCUGGAACUGGAUGCUUCCCAUAACAAACUUACCACGUACUUCAAUUUCAAACCACCUAAGAAUUUACAAGUGGUGAAUUUUGCAUACAACCGCAUCCCAGAAAUGCAAGAUCUUUGUGCCUAUCAGGCUCUUACAAAGCUCAUCCUGGAUAACAACAAUAUCACAAUGAUCCAAGGACUUGAGAAGUGCCACAAUCUGACGUACCUGAGCUUGGCAAAUAACAAGAUCACAUCAAUCAGGGGCCUGAAAAACCUGCCCAUCAAGACCCUCUGCCUGAAAUCAAACCUGAUCAAAAAAGCGGUUGGCUUGGAAGAUCUAAAAGUGCUGCAGGUCUUGGACUUGUCUGGCAAUCAGAUCAAAAGUUUGGAAGGGCUGGAAGAGCACACGCUGCUGGAGGAGAUCAACCUAGAAGAUAACCAGGUGUCUGAGCUGGGGGAGCUGGAAUAUAUUGAAUCCCUGCUUCUCCUGAGAGGGCUGAAUCUGUUAAACAAUCCUGUGCAGGAACACCCGGAUUAUUGGCUCCUGGUGAUUUUCAUGCUGCUUCGACUUACAGAGCUGGAUCACAAGAAAAUCACAGUGCAAGAGAAGGUUGCAGCUGUGAAUAAGUAUGACCCUCCUCCUGAAGUGGUGGCGGCCCAGGACCACAUGACCCACAUCAUGUACAGCAUGAUGCAACCCCAGCGGAUCUUCAACAGCACGUUGCCGAGCAUCGAUGCUCCCUACCCGAUGCUGGUGCUGACUGGACCUCUGGAGUGCUGGAAGAGGGAGCUCAGCCAUCGUCUGUGCCGGAAGUUCAACAACUGCUUCAGAUACAGCCCCUGCCAUACUACAAGGAGUGCCUAUUUUGGAGAGGAAAAUAGAUUGGAUUAUUAUUUCGUAUCCCAAGAGGAGUUUGACAAAAUGGUGAAAACGGGGCAGUUUAUUGCUACUUUUAAAUAUAGCGGUUUCUACUACGGACUGGGUCGAGACACCAUUGAAUCCAUUGCUCGGGAAGGACUCGCUACUUGCGUUCAUAUGGAAAUAGAGGGUGUGAGAAGCUUGAAGAAUUCCUACUUUGAGCCACGCUACAUCCUGUUGAUCCCAAUGGACAAAGAGAAAUAUACCAGCCACCUGAGAAGGAAGGGGCUGUUCAGCCGGCCAGAGAUCGAGGAAGCGGUCAAUAGGGUGGACAUGUACAUCAAAUUGAACCAGGACUGUCCAGGCUUCUUUGAUGCAGUCUUCAGCAUAGAUGAUUAUGAGGAAGCCUUCACCAAGCUGUGUAACCUUCUUGAAGAGUUCCUGGGACUGUCACAACCUUCUGAAUCUGGGCUCAUGGCUCCUGGAUCAGACAGCUCUUGCCUUUCAGGCCCAGAGAUGGCACGCAAUACCCUCGAUAUCAGAGGAAUGGCUGAGAUAUCGCCGUCGCCCCCUCUCCAUGAAUUUUUGGACUCCUCUGCCAAAAACUACGCUGCCAUCAUAGCAGCAAAGCUUUCAGCACAGAAGACACCAGUGGAAGAAGCUUCUCUGCUGAGGCGGCAACGGACAGCCAGGCAGGGCCUGAUGGGGAAAGUGGUCAGCUCCUACUCCCAGCUGUUUGAAAGGGAUCUUGCUGGCGCCCCCGCAAUUGUGUCCACACAUGCACACUUUCUGGAGCCACCCCCCUCUUUCAACUCCAUGGGAUCAUCCGAAAGCUCCAUCAGCACCGGCUUUGGCCUCCGAUCCACUAGCCCCGACCAGAGUUCCAAAAUGUCCUCGGCUAGAACGUUUUCAUCCGGAAGGUCAUCUUCCCGGUCACCAGCAGGUUACACUCGUUUGUCGACCGAUGAGACUACCACCGAGCAGGACCAAACAGAGCCAGACCACCCUGUGACCAGAGAGAAGAGGACCAAGCGCAAGCCUCCUUCUCCGCACAUCCCACAAGUCGUCGUCCGCCCUGGGUCCAACACCAAGCCGGUGCUUCCCCCCAUCCCUUCGGGGAGGAAGAAGCCCGUGUCUGCCUCCGAAGCCCAGCUGCCGUGCCAGAGGCCUUAGCCUCCCUCCUCCCUCUCUUUCUCUAGCCUCAGGGUCAGAUCAGCAGAGGCCCACUCACUUUCUAGAUGCCAAAACCUUGGUGUGGUCCCAUGGCAAAGAAAAAAACAUCUCAAGGAGGACAUCUGUAGGUUUUUGCACCUUUUUCUUGAAAAGAUCCCAAAGCCAUUUGAGUUUGGGAGAGUAAUUGUUCUAAAUUAAUAUAUAAUGUAUGUCUAUGUAAGUCCUUCUGCCUCCUGCAAUGCUGACGCUUCCCUUUGGCCUUCGUCACCUGAGAGACUUUCUAUAACCUUUUCUACCUUCCUUUAGCAGAAGACAGACCGACAAUCAUCUCAGAGACAGGGAGAGACUUUUUUCCCCGACAGGAUGGAAGUAGCUUGUCGUUUUGCUAUAAAGUAAAUGAAUGUGAUGUGCGAUUCUUGCGUUAUUUCAGUUCAGCAUUUCUCACAAGUUGUAGUAAGCCACCCCAUUUCC